GUUACCUUGUCCACUGUGGUAACAAUAAACUAUUUGUUCCAUCCACAUUCGCCUGCUUCAGUCAAUCUCCCACCAUGGCCAUAUCUACUAUGGUCUCAGCAGCCAGCCUCUUCGAUGUAUCUGGUAUUGUGGCUGUAGUGACCGGCGGCGGCAGCGGCCUCGGUCUUUUCAUGACUAAAGCAUUAGCUGCCAACGGUGCAAAGAAAGUAUACAUUCUCGGACGAAGGAAAUCCAUCCUUGAGCAAGUGGCUGCAGAACUAGACAAGAACAUCGUAAUCCCAAUCCAAUGCGACGUCACUGACCAGUCAGCUCUCAAAGCCGCUGUCGCCCACAUAGAAGCAGACACCGGCUAUAUCAAUCUCCUCAUUGCCAACUCCGGCAUCGCCGGUCCAUCCGGCAGCGUCCCGCCCGGAUCAAGCAUCGCUGAGCUCCAAGAAACGCUAUACAACAUCCCAAUGCAGGAAUUCACCAACACGUUCCACGUGAACUGCACCGCGGUGUUCUACACUACCAUUGCAUUUCUGGGCUUGUUAGACGCAGGGAACAGGAACGGCAGCUACGGCAACGGACGCAGCCAGGUGAUUGCAACAAGCAGUAUCGGGAGCUUCAACCGACGCAUCUCGGCUGGGUUUGCCUACAGCACGAGCAAGGCUGCCACGACGAUGAUGAUGAAGGUGCUGGCAACUUAUCUGGUGCCGUAUCGGAUUCGUGCCAAUGUUCUUUGUCCUGGGAUAUUCCCGACUGAUCUGACAGCUGAUUUGAUUGAGGGAAAGAAUCCUACUGAGGAGGGGGCGUUUCCUCUAGACCAGAUCCCUGCUGAGCGAGCUGGAACGCCAGAAGAUAUUAUGGGACCGCUUUUGUAUUUGGCGUCGCGUGCGGGGGCCUACUGUAAUGGGAACUGUGUGCUUACAGAUGGGGGUCGGUUGAGUGUUACGCCUGCUACCUAUUAG